AUGGAACACGGACGACCUACUGAACAUGGAACCCGUCCCCGUUACUACGUGAUCGCUUAUUUGGGAUGCACGUUGACGUUGUUAGCAUGUGCUUGUAUAGAUAUUUUACUCAACAAAAUGUCCGUAAAAGUGAUCUUCGAAACGAUGAUAAGGUAAAUUUUAGAGAAGUACUUACCCAUACCGUUUAUCUACAUACGUGCGAUAGUAAAAUAAUACUGCCUAUCAAUGCACCACCCAUAUCGUUGUGGUUAAAAACUUGAAAUUUCUACAUUAUGUGCCUUUUAUAUCGUAGAUAUCCACUAAGGAAUAACUUUAAAAAUCACACCUUUAAAAAUAAUUUCUAUUUGUUGAUUUAUAGGUUACUUUGAUGACAUGGAUGAUAAUUUGGUUGUCACGAACAUGACAUCUAUUAUUAUUGUUACUAUUCCUAUUAUUUACACUAUUUUAUUUUUGAACAUGUUUUUAUAUAACAUGCAACAACUAUUAUCUGUGAUAGGAGUAGAGGUGGAAACGGGGAGUCAUCGGAAAUCAUGUUUGGAAAAUGUACACAAAUUAAUGUUUUCGUUCAAUAUUAAUAAUACGGGCAAAUCCGCGUGGAACAUACUUCCAAACGGCAAGUGAGGUAAAGGGAGUAGAGUUUCCGUGAAGAUCGAAAUGUUUCUUAAUGGCGAAGUGAGUAAAGGAAGUAAUUUGAGAACCAAAAUGAGAUUUUCCCGGGAAAAUCACCGGAAAGCUUUCCAAUGGACACUCAUUAAUUGAACUGUUGGUUCCUGGGAAGGUCGAAAUGAUUUGCGAUGAGAAGUUCCUGAUAGACACUUAUUCGGAGUAAAAUAAGAGUACACACACACUAAAAUGUACAGACGUAUACAAUGCACACGGAUGAAGUCGGGUAGUAUAGCUAUAUUUUUAUACUGCUCUAAUAUUGUUUCUAUAAUAAAACAUUUGAUCCAACAAAAAAAGUAGCCCGGGUAACGGCGAACGGAACAGUAUAAUAUACUUAUAUAAUAGUUAUAACGGUUUCGCAGGUACAUGAGUUCAGUGUUUCCACUAUUGUACCUGUUGUUCUGUGACGAAAUGUGCCUGCGUUUCCGGUCACUACGAACAAGAUGGCGCAUAGAAGUCGCCAAGGUGCUGGCAUCUACGCCACGGACCACGUGCCAGGCACUGGAGUCGGAACGGCUGGCGCACGCCCAGCUCUGCGAUCUGGUAGAAGAGAUACGCGUGGCGUUUGGGCCCCGUCUUACUGCGUACCUGCUAUUUGUGUUCCUCGAACAUUUGGCCCGGUUCUAUUUUGAUACUUACGUAAUGCCCACGUACCGGCCCAAGUACUCGGAGCUGGAAAACAAGGGAGUCAGUCCACUGGAGUCGUUUAUGUUUCUGGCACACGCUUGGAUCGGCACGUACUUGGUCGCUUAUCUAUCUGACUCGCUAACCGAAUCUGUAAUAAUCUAUAAUAAGUCAACGACUUAAUUUAUUUUCUUUAUAAUUACCAAUAUUUAAUUAUUACGGACCAACUUACUGAAAUUACGAGUUUGAAAUCAACAUUUUUUAUUUUUGCAUAUUUCAAAAGACAAUAAAAACCGGCUGUGGUAAACAAUGAAUAUAUAAUAUCAUUUCUCCAUCGUCUCAUAUGCUUCCAACAAUUGGUUAUCGUUAUUAAAAAAAUCCCGGUAAAUAAGUGCGAAAAAUUUCCAAAGAUUUUAAACAAAUAUGUGAAUUAUAAACGUUACAAACAAACAAAAGUUUCAAAAGUAGGGUGCACAACUAGACUAGCUUCUUAAGUUAGGUUAGGUUAGGUUACUUAACCGUAAUCGGGGUGAAUCAAACAAAUAUAGAAAUGGAAUAGCAAAAAUCUAACAUUUCUCUUUAAUGCAUAUAUUAUUAUUUGCCAAAUGUACAUAUUAUUUUAUAUUGAUUUGUUUGAUAAUCGGUGACAUUUAAAUAUGUAAUAUAUUUUUUCUAGAGCAAAGAAAUAAUAACAGACUUAAGGAAUAUACCAAUAUGGAAACUACCACAGGAUUGCUGUGAACAGGUAAAUUACAUUUCAAAUUUAAAUACUUAUCUAACGUGAUUCACCUAUCGCCCUCUUGGAACCACCAGUGUGGGGGAGGGGGUUGAAUAAAGGCUCACUCAAGGAAAACGUGGAGUGGAGUUACAAUGGGCCUCAAGUACCCAACUAAAUGAUUUAUAUAUUUAUUUGUUUCAAUAUUCCGGUAUUUUGGCUCAAAUUAAUUUGUAUUAACUAUUAAUUGUAUUUUCCCUCCCUCCCCCCCCCAAAAAAAAUUCUAAGUUUGCUCUGGGUAUUGAAACAAAAUAUACUGUACCUAAUAUUUUUAUAAAUCAACAUAUCAUAUCAAAUAUAGUAUGAUAUUUUUACUAAACGAAACAAUUCAGGAAAAAUAAAUGAUUUGAAUAAUGAGUGAUUAAAAAAAAAAUUAAAUUGUAAUUUUAUAUUUAUAACAUACCUACAAAAAUUAAUUAAUUGAUAGGUUUGAGGUGAUCGUCUCCAUCGCCCCCUCAAAAGCCAUUAAAAUAUACCGAUGGACUUGUUUAUAAAUUCAAACAGCUUUAUAUUUAUAAAAUUGAAUCACAGGAAGCACCUUAAUUUGUAGAUGUUUAGGUUUUUUUGAUAGAAAUUGUUUGGUGUUCGCGAUGGUUUUAACCAAAUUCAAUUAAAUGAACUGAUUUUUAACUGAUUCCAACUCUGAAAAAUAUGUCAUCUAAAACAUACAUAUUAUGUAAAUUCAUAAGGUUUUUAACUUAGUUUCUUCAUUUAUAGAAUAAAAAAAACGUAUCCACUUUAUUAUAUUACAGGUUACUUUCUUCAUGUCUCAAGUACAGAAUUCGCAAACUGUCAUUACGGCUUCUGGUCUCUUUACAGUCAAUAAAACCAUUUUAUCUUCAGUAAGUACUAUUAUACCUGUUACUUAUGUUGAUUAUUUAUAGUAUUUAAAAUAUACAUAUACAUUUUAUGUAUUAAAUGUUUAAUGUACUGUAAUUAUAAAAACGAAAAAAAAAUAUCUAUGGGUUUGUAUAUUAACAUAUUCACUUAUUCAUGAACUUAAAUGAUGAAUUGUCACAAUAUUAAAAACUAAUAUAAUACGUGAUUUUCAUGAUUUAAUAUUCAUGGUCGAAUCAUCAUUGCUAUAUAGUCUAUUUAUCUUUGUGUAUUGUUGUCUACGUCUUCACGAGAUAUUAUUAUAUUAUAAUUAUGUAUAAUUCGUUAUAGAAUUAAUGAUCAGUAGGUAGAUAGCAUACAUUAUUAUUAUAAUUUUUUUAGGAUUAUCUUAUCUUAGAAACAGCAUGAGAGAAGAAAUAUAUUUUAUACUUUUUCCUAUUUGUUAUUGAGGUAUAAUUGCUCGUAUGAAUAAUUAUAUAUAUUCUUACUACUUAUUCGAAUAAACCAUAUGGGUUGGCCUUAUUGACAUGCCAGUUUUCAUCACAAUAACAUCAUAAUAAUACCAGGUCGACAGAUGGGGAUGAGCUAAGUCUCAAAAAUAGAAAAUUAAAUUUUCAGAUGUAAAAUUAUAAAUGUGUAUUACUGUAUGCAAUUUAUUAGGUAUGUAAAUAAUACCAUAAAAAUACAACAUGUUCUAUAUAAUUUUGUCAAUAAAUUUGUAUUUAUGAUGUAUUGAUAUUAAUAAAUUAUUAUAAUUUAAAACAGUUUUGAGGAUUUUGAGUGUAGCAAAGCCCCACUCGUAUUAUAUUGAUCUCUGAAUAAAUACAUAUUUUUCCGUCAAGGUGUCAAUUAAGAUUUUUUUAAAUACGCUAUUUCUGCAAUAGAUUCUUUACUAAUUAGCCUAAGUGGGUUUAACUAAACCUAGUUUAUAUGAAAGUUGUGGAGAAUUUUCGCCAGACGAAAAACUUUUUUUCAAGAAAUAAAGAAAUAAUCUUGGUAUGGACCAAAUUAAUAAGGCAUUGGUUAAUUAUUAAGGUCCAGACAUUCUUGAAAAUAUUAAAAGUAAUAAAUAAUGCGUGAAUGAAAAAGCUCAUAGUAUUAUUAUUAUUAUUAUUUUAAAAUUGCAUAUUACAUGUAAAUAUUACUAAUAAAAAAUCUGGCAUACGUACAUCACCUUAGGCGCGUCCAAUAAGUAUUAAGUGUUUUAGCCCAUUUGUAUUAUAAUCAUAAACAUUUUAAACGUAUGGGAGCUAAUCAUUAUUGUUAUUAUCAAAUAGUUUAUAAUCAUGAUCCUGGAUGAAGUUGUUUUUAUGAUUUUCCGAAUUUCUGGUAUUCUAUAUUAUGUUCUUGGUAAAAAGUAUGUUUUAAAAGGUUGCUAAUUCAUAAAAACCAUUAUCGUAAAAAAAUACAAAGACGUUUAUUGUAUUUCUAUAAAAAGUAAUCAAAAUGUUUUCUAAUAAUAGUAUUUGACGAAUGCCUGAGAUAUAAUUACUCGAAAAUACGCAAUGUAAUAAAUGCAAAUUUAUAAACGCUGUUUAAUUUAUUUCGAGCUAAUUGAAAUUCCAACGAUAAAUAAUUACCUACAUGUAUGAUAUUCCUGGUCCAAAAUUAUUUUUAUAAUUAUCAUAUGUAUUCGUUUCUAUUUUUAUUGUAAUAUAUAAAUCACUCGCGCAGUAAAUUUUUAGUGCACGAUUAUUAUAAUUUUGGUAGAAUGUUGACAAAUCGUCGUCGUCUCAUAUAAUCUAAUAAAAUAAAACGCUAACGCGUUGUAUGAAUGUCCUUUAGUUACUUGGCAUUGUGUUUCUUUUAAACGACAAUAAUUUAUACAAAUUAUUCCAACGCACUAUUACAGGCCUUCUUAUGAUUAUUAUUAUUUCGUAUAUAAUUUUAGUCAUACAUUUUGAUGUUACAAAAUUUUAUAAUAUUUUUGAAUUCACAUAAUUUAUAAAACAAUUAGUGUUGAGUCCAGUUAUAUGACGGGGGGCGAUAGCCCUCCUAGAAAUAUUGUUUACCCUCUCCCCUUGUUUAAUGUUGAUAAAUUAAUAAUUAAUUAAAAUCUUAGGUAAGCAGUAGAAAAAAAGGUCAUUACUUACUAUAAUUUUAGUGAUGCCCCAAUCCUAGACAAAUUGUAUGAAUUCAACACUGAUAACAUCAUCUAUAAUAUCAAUACAAGAUGUAUAGUUAUUUACAUAGGCGUGUGCAGACCUUGCUGGCAAGAGGGGCAGAAUAUAUAUUAAGGUGUCCUGUAUAUUAUUGCAUGUAAUAUAAUAUAAUAUUAUUUUGGUUAUUAUUUAAUCGUAAGGUUCGGAUUUUAAGGCAAUAUGAUCAAUAAAAAAAAGGAAUUAAUUUGUAAAAAAAUAAAUAGAUUUCAGUUGAUUUAACUAGUUCAUACUACAAAAAAUUCACUACCAUGUACUUGAUAAAUUAUCUUCAGUAAUACGUUGACGGUUUGGGCUCAAAAUAUUUACGUACAUAGAAAAGGAUCUUUCUGCGUUCCCUGAAGUUAUUGGGGGUAUAAGUUAUUAAAUCGUCAUCUUCAUCAACAUCAAAAAAGGAAUUUAUAUAAGUAAAAAAGGGGGAAAAAAAAGGCUGAUAUUGGAGACGGGUGUGACCAUUGUUGUAAGUGGCAAGUGAGGAAGGUGAGAUACAUAAAGUUCUUUAAUUUAUUCUUGUAAUCAACGAUAAAUCAUUGAUAACGAAAAACGUUUCGGAGCGAAGUUUGGUUAUACAUGUUUUGAAAGGUCGUAAUAUUUACGAUUUUCGUCAAAAUUUGAUAUUAAAAUUCCUUUAUAAAAAAAAUACUACCUAAAGCUUAAAUUUUUUUAACACAAAGUACAACAUUUAAAGAACCUCCUGUUAAAUUGUCAAGCAUUUCUGUUUAGUCUAACUGUUUUAUCUACAGAGUACCUAUCGAAUAAAAAUAUGUACAAAACUCUCAAAAUUAAAAUUUCUAUAAUUAGCUCAAAAAUGGAUCAAAUGUUUUGAAAAUUUUAUUUUGCCUUAAAAAACAAAUACAAGUUUUCUGUCAAACUUUAAAGUCUUUAUGGAAUAUAUUAAACUAAAUUACAUUGAAAAAACAAAAUUAAAAAUAAUAAAAGAAUUAUUUUCGUACAUGUUCCUGUAAUUUCUGCAUUUUUUGUCGGUUUUACUUAAUUAUUAAAAAAACUACAGAGAAAAUCAAAAAACGACUUUAUAGUUCACUAACUUGAUUAAAAAUACAACAAUAUUAUAAUGACUUAUAAUAAAUAGGUAAAUGCAUAUUAUACUGACACAAUGUAUCAUUUAAAAUUUAUAAAUUAUAACAUUGAAUACAAAUUAUUUAUUAUUCCCCUCUUUAUAGAUUAAUAUAAAUUUCGUUACACAAAAUGUUUGCAGAAAAAAAUGUAUUAAAAACAUAAUCUCGCUAAAAAAUAUAAGGUAUAAUAGUUAUUAUUAUAAUUAAAAUAGUUGAAAUUAUUUUUAUCUUUAUAGGUUUAUUCAAUUGUUGUACUUAGUGUAUUUAUAUAAAAUUAUUGAUAUUGAACAAUAUUUUUGUCUACAUCGUUUCUAGAAGAAUCAGGGACGGAAAAUGUUCGGGGGUGAUUGCAUAGACCCAUAAAAUUAAUUUCAUCCAUUAUCCACAUCGUAUUAUAUAAUAUAUAAUAUAUAUGUAUAUAUUUAUGAUAAAAUAAAGAGAUCCCGCUAUUUCAACUUUUCUACUUUAAGUACAGUAGUUAUUGAGGUUAAAAUAAUUUCACAAUUAUCUCAUCAUUGAAAUAUGAAGUACCUUUAUCGAAAUCUAAUAAAUUACGACAACCUUACCAUACAAAAUAUCAACCAUAUUAUCAGCUAUGUCUGAGUAUAAAUAUUUAUCGGCUUCAACUGUCAGUUUUGUUAUUAUUACAAGUAAAAUUUACUAUUAUAAUAUAAAAAUUUUUGAUCUGUAAUAUUGAAAUAAUAUACUAUGAAAGUAUACGUAUGGGUAAAAUACAAUAUUAUUUUAUAAUUAUAAAAACAUUCAUUUUUGACAAAGGUCAUUUAAUAUUCACAUGUUGAAAAAAUUCUAAAAAUAUGUCCUUAACGCAAACUCUAAAAUAAUGCAAUUUCGCAAUUAAUUUGAAUUAAUCUUUUUAUUGUUUAUUAUUUAUUAAGUUAUGUUCAAUUUUACAAUUUUAGGACCUAAGUAGUCUUUUCGGUUUUUAUAAAUAGUUUUUAAAAGUUGACAUUAGUUUGAAAAAUUGUAAAAAUAUAAUGAAAAUUAUAUUUAAAAAAAAUAUCAGCGUACAAUUUGUUUUCCCUCUUUGACCCACAUACAACAUAAUAUAUAUUCGGCAGAACCAAAUUUAUGUUUUUAACUAUAAUACUAGAGUGAUUAAUGAAUUAGCCUAUUAUCAAACUUAAAAUUAAGAAUAAUAGCAGUGUCCUUACGUUGGUGAUUUCAGUUAUUUUAAUUUUUAAGUGAGAUAUGUGAUGUGUAGUUAUAUUUUAUUUAACAAUUUAAAAAUCGAAAAAACCACGAAGUUAAGACGCAGAUAACAUUUUUAACUUUUAAGUUUGAUAUUAAGCCAAUUCACUCUAAUACAACACACGUUUGAUUCUCCUAAAUUCAAAGUUACUAUGUUACGUGUGAAUCAGAGAGAGAAAACAAAUGUUGCAAAUAGUACAAAUAGUACUAAGACAGUUGGAUGUAAACUCAUGUAAUUCAUUUUUUUGUACAAUUAAACUAAUAAGCUGCCAAAAAAUAAAAAUCAGUUCGGUUUUAAAAUGCCGUAAUUUUUAAAUUUGUUAUCAAAAUUUGAACUAAAAAACGUAUACAAAAAACAUUAUGCUCAACUUUAUUAUUAUUAUUUUUUCAAUUACUAAAGGCAAAAAUUAUGAUGAAUCUAGUAUUCAAUUUUCGAUCAUUUCUGCUCGGUUAAAAAAAUUGUAUUUACAUAAAAACUAAACAAACUCGAAAAUUUAACCUAACCUAAUUUAAUCUAAUCAAACCUACAAAUAGUUCAAAAAUACCCAAAAUAUUUUGAAAAUGUUACUAUAUCUAGAAUAUAACUAUUCUCGUAUCAGCAAUUGUUUUUAAUUGAAUUAAAAAAAAAAAAUCGAAAAAACAGAAAUCAUUAUAUUAUUUUCGUAAAUUUUCUCAUUUUUUCCAACUAUUAAGAAAAUUCAAAUCUGAAAAAGAAAAAAAUCUUGGAAAAUCAAAAACUGACAUCUUCAACGCACUGACUAAACAAAAAAGAUUACAUUUGCAAAAUUAAAGCAAUAUUUCAGGUAGAAAAGUUGUUUACAAUCAGAAGAUAACAAAAAAUACACAUACAUCAUAAAUAUUAUAGUAUUAAACCAGUACCCGAUUUGCUCAGUAUUUAAAACAAAUAAACUUUACUGUCGAAAUUUCAUCAAAUUAUAUUGGAAUACGAUGGAGUUAUAAAUCUAUGAUAUAAACAAGAAGGACAUGAUGAAAUUAUAAUAUUGUAACUUAUAAGUAUUUUAUAUUGGCUACAAAACCCUGUAUAAAAAUGCGAUCGUUAUAAUAUAUCUACAUCAUAAUAUAUUAGUAUAGGUGCCAUUAAAAUAUUUGUUCUGGAUUCUGAUCCUAAUUCAUCUAACCAGUACCAAUCCAGCCUAACCCGAUCAGAAUGCGGAUCAGUUGUCCAGAACAGUACUUUUUAUACUUCAUCGUAUUAUAAUAAUAAUCGAAAUAUUUUGCGUUGACAAGUUUGGUAUUAUUUUUUUUCCAGAUAAUCAUCUCGUUGGCCACGUACAUAAUCGUGCUCAUACAAUUGGCACCCGAUUUGGGGCGCGUAUUUGUCGAAUAA